AUGAACUCCUUUAGUCUAGAAAAGAAUAGAUUUCAUUAAAAAGCUUGUUAAAAAAAGAUAAAAGGACUGAGUGAAAACUUGACCACGUCAUUGAAAAAGUAGUAAAUUGAGACUUUCAUUGAACAGAAGGCUCAGACUCUAUGCUUGGAUGUCAACCAGUCAUAUACAAAAGCUUCAGAUCAGGAGAGUUUUAAUUUAAACAAAAUACCAAAAUCCUUAAGAGCCAAUUUAAUUGGUUAGUUAAACAAUAAAUAUAAAAGAAGUUCUCCUCCAUGA